AUGAUCACGCUCGAGAAAAGUAUAAAAGGCCUGAUCACGUUUUCACUUGGAGUUCUUUCAUCAUCAGCCUCUCAAGCACUAUUCAAACAACACUUUCGACGAGAACAAACCUUCAAGAUGAAGUUCACCACCACCCUCAUCCUCGCCCUCACGGCCCUCGUCUCGGCGGCUCCCCAGCCCGACAGCGAGAUCGACGCGCGCCAGACCUGCGUCUACGACUGCGGCUGCUCCUCCGGCAGCGGCGAGCCCUCCCCCCCUCCUGACACGGCCACCUGCUGCCGGUCUGUUGGUGGGACUUUGGGCAACGGAGGCACUCUCUGCAACGGCCUCACCUUUGCCCAGGGCACCUCUUAUGCUCGUUGCUGCGCCUCCCCUGGCUUUGUCUGCUUUGCUCCUAGGGGCUGCACGCCUGUUACUGUUUAAGUGGGUUUGAAAAUGGGUUGGAGUGGCAGGGGUAGUAGUCACGGCUGUUUGGGGGGUUGGCAGGGGGAGCUAUCUAUGGUUGUGACUAUU